GCUUGAGCCAAAGGACCCAACUCCCAUGGCCUUGGUCAGACUCGUGAAGAGUGGUGAAGAGGGCUAGAUGCACCUCCCCCAGUAGAGACAAAAGAGGUGUGCAUGAGUGUGGGCAUGUGUGUACAAGUAUGUGUGUGUUAGAGAGUAUAUGUGUGUGUGAUUGUGUGUGUGUGAGAGAGAGUAUAUGAGUGUGUGUGACAGUGUGUGUGAGAGACAGUGUAUGUGAGUGUGUGUGACUGGAUGUGUUGAGACAGUAUAUGUGAGUGUGUGUGUCUGUGUGUGUGAGAGUAUAUGUGAGUGUGUGAGGUUGUGCGUGUAAGUAUAUGUGAGUGUGUGUGACUGUGUGUGAGUGUGACUGUGUGUAAGUAUACGUGAGUGUGUGUGACUGUAAUUAUACGUGAGUGUGUGCGACUGUGUUUGUAAUUAUACGUGAGUGUGUGUGACUGUGUGUGUAAGAGUAUAUGUGAGUGUGUAUGACUGUGUGUGAGAGAGGGUAUAUGUGAGUGUGUGACUGUGUGUGUGAGUAUAAGUGAGCAUGUGUGACUGUGUGAGAUUACAUGUGUGUGUGACCGUGUGUGUGAAAGAGUAUAUGUGAGUGUGUAUGGCUGUGUGUGUGAGAUUAUAUGUGUGUGUGACUGUGUGUGAGUAUAUGUGAAUGUGUGUUACUGUGUGUGAAAGAGUAUAUGUGUGAGACUGUGUGAGUAUAUGUGAGUGUGUGUUACUGUGUGUGUGAGUAUAUGUGUGUGACUAUGUGUGUGAGUUUAUGUGAAUGUGUGUAACUACGUGUGAGUAUAUGUGAGUGUGCAACUGUGUGUGUGAGAGAAUAUAUGUGAGUGUGUGUGACUGUAUGUGUGAGAGUAUAUGUGACUGUGUGUGUGAGAGUAUAUGUGUGUGAGAGAAAGAGUAUAUGUGAGUGUGUAAAUAUGAGUGAGUGUGUGUGAAUGAGUGUUGUGCAUGAGUGUGGUCAUGUGAGUAUGUGUGUAUGUGAGUGUGCAUGAGUAUAUGUGAGUAUGUAUAUGUGUGUGUGCAUGUGUGCAUGAAUGUGGUCAUGCCUCUGUGUGUGUGUGUGUGUGUGUGUGUGUGUGUGUCCACACCCAGGAACCUCACGAAAAAAUCAUUCUGGUUUGACCCUCUAGUCUGGGAAAUUCAGUUCUUCAACCUGUUUAGUCAUAAUAAGAUGAACUUCCAGUUCACCUCACUGCUUCCUUACUGGCAUCUGUGGAAGGAGCCAAGUUGUCACUCCUUAAAUGUUGUGACCCCUAGGUGGGCUGUUAACACAGCUGGGGUGUGCUACUUGGUGUUCUGGUAAAAGAAAUUGUGCCCAAUACGAACUGGAUUUUCCCUUCAGGUCUUUUAGCCACCAGGGCUAAUCUCUUCACCUGUUUUGUCAUUGUUUUGUUUGGCAGAUGGGGACAGUAAUACCUGCCCUGUGUAUCUCACAAAUUGUAUCGUGAAAUUACUUUGGAAAACACAAGGCAUUAGUAUGCGAUGACUUCCCAGUCCUAGCCCCAAUGAGGGAACACCACUGACACUCUCCCCUAAAACCUCUAGAACCUGAUUCCCUUACUGCCGUUUUCCUACCAAACUUACAGAGGUUGUCAUGGCGACCAGUGGGGACCCAGAGGAGGAGCAGGUAGUCCCGAGUGAAGAGGAUGAAGCUGAUGUGAGGGCAGUGCAGGCCCGGUACCUCCGGAGCCCCUCGCCCAGCCAGUAUUCAAUGGUCUCAGAUGCAGAAACAGAAAGCAUUUUCAUGGAGCCCAUUCACCUCUCCUCAGGCGUUGCAGCCAAACAGAUCAUCAGUGAAGAACUCAAGCCGCGAGGGGUCGGAGCAGACUCAGAGUGUCCAGGCCUGCUGGAGUCCGCUGAGCAGCUGCUGGUGGAGGACCUGUACAACCGUGUCAAGGAGAAGAUGGACGACACCAGCCUGUACAAUACUCCCUGCGUCCUGGACCUGCAGCGGGCCCUGGUCCAGGACCGCCAUGAGGCCCCCUGGAAUGAGGUGGAUGAGGUCUGGCCCAACAUCUUCAUAGCUGAGAAGAGCGUGGCUGUGAACAAGGCGAGGCUGAAGAGGCUGGGGAUUACCCACAUCCUGAACGCUGCUCAUGGCACUGGUGUUUACACUGGUCCAGAAUUCUACACUGGCCUGGAGAUACAGUACCUGGGUGUGGAAGUGGAUGACUUCCCCGAGGUGGACAUCUCUCAGCAUUUCCGGAAGGCUGCUGAGUUCCUCGACGAAGCCCUGCUGACCUACAGAGGGAAAGCCCUGGUCAGUAGUGAAAUGGGCAUCAGCCGGUCAGCAGUGCUUGUGGUGGCCUACCUGAUGAUCUUCCACAACAUGGCCAUCCUGGAGGCCUUGAUGACCGUGCGCAAGAAGCGGGCCAUCUACCCCAACGACGGCUUCCUGAAGCAGCUCCGCGAGCUCAACGAGAAGCUGAUGGAGGAGAGAGAAGAGGACGAUGGCGGGGAGGAGGGCACAGACCAGGGGAGCACACUAGGGGCCAGAGUGCAUGGCCUCACCGUGGAGGAGGAGGAUGACAUCACCAGCCACCUAAGUGGAUCCUCCUUGGGGAAGGCCAGCCAGGCCUCCAAGCCCCUCACCCUUAUAGACGAGGAUGAGGAGGAGAGGCUGUAUGAGGAGUGGAAGAAGGGGCAAGGCCUCCCCACAGGCAAGGUCCCCCAGGGUGGAGAUGGCCGGUGCUUAGCCUCCUCUGGCCAGGGCGGGGAGGAAUUGGAGGAUGAGGACGUGGAGAGCAUCAUCCGGGAAUGGCAGAGCCGAAAUGAGCGGUACCAGACAGAAGAGCACCAGAGACGGGGCAGGGAGGAGGAAGAGGAGGUGGAGAGUGAGGCUGGCUGCUUCGUGGGGAGAAGACGGAGGCACACCCUGAGUGAGAGCAGCACCUCAGAGAGCGUCAGCAGCCAUGACAUACGGGUCCUGAAGCAGCAGCUGCAGAUGAGCAGCCUGAACCGAGCUGGGAGGCGCCGCUCGGACUCAGUGUCCACAGAGAGCACCUGGGACAUGUGGAACCAGAGGCUGCUGGAGAUUGAGAAGGAGGCCGCCCGGAAGUAUCACUCCAGGAGCAGGAGAGAGGAGGCAGACACAGGCUCAGAGGCAGGGAGCAGGGUGCCAGAGGAUGAUGAGGAGAGUGUGGCUUCAGAGGCCAGCUCCUUCUACAACUUCUGCAGCAGGAACAAGGACAAGCUCACUGCCCUAGAGAGGUGGAAGAUCAAGAGAAUCCAAUUUGGAUUUCACAAAAAAGACUCGGAGGCAGGAGAUGGCAGCAGUGAGCAAGGGGCAGAGGAGGCAGAGGGGGAGAAAAGGAACCCCUCCGAUGUCAACCUGACGGCCUACCAGGCCUGGAAGCUGAAACACCAGAAGAAGCUGGGCAGUGAGAACAAGGAGGAGGUGGUGGAGCUCAGCAAGGGAGAGGACUCAGCCUCAGCCAAGAAGAGGCAGCGGAGGCUGGAGCUGCUGGAGAGGAGCCGGCAGACGCUGGAGGAGAGCCAGUCCAUGGGAAGCUGGGAGGCAGCCAGCUCGGCAGCCAGCAUGAGCAUCCCCCUGUCAGCAUUCUGGUCUGCAACCCCCUCAGUCAGUGCUGAUGGGGACACAGGGUCAGUACUCAGCACCCAGAGCCACCGCUCCCACCUGUCUCAGGCCGCAAGCAACUCAAGGGGAUGCUCUGUCUCCAACCCCACCACACCCCUGCCCACCCUGCCAGUGGGGCCUGGAGACACAAUUUCCAUUGCCAGUAUCCAGAACUGGAUCGCCAACGUGGUCAGCGAGACCCUUGCCCAGAAGCAGAAUGAAAUGUUGCUGUUGUCCCGCUCACCGUCCAUUGCAAGCCUGAAGGUGGCACCGCUGGCUGGCUGCCUGGGGGAUGACCAAGCGUCCAUGCUCAGUGGACAGAGCGGCUCCUCCCUGGGUGGCUGCCUGUGGCCUCAGAGCCAGACAAGACCUAGCUGUGACACGCAGUCUGUGCUGUCCUCCAACACCACACUGAGCUCGAGGGCCGAGGACACAGGGAGUAAGGUGAAGGGGACAAGCAAGCCUAUCUAUAGCCUCUUUGCCGAUGAUGUGGACCUAAAGGAGCUUGGUCGGAAGGAGAAGGAGAGGCAAAUGGAGUUGAGGGAGAAGAUGUCUGAGUACAAAAUGGAGAAGCUGGCCUCAGACAACAAACGCAGCUCCCUUUUCAAGAAGAAGGUCAAGGAAGAGGAUGAUGACGUUAGUGACAGGGAUGAGGACACUGACAGUGCCAUAGGGAGCUUCCGAUACUCUUCCCACACUAAUUCCCAAAAACCGGAAACAGACACCUCCUCUUCCCUGGCUGUCUCUGAUUGUUAUGGAAAUGACAACAGAGCUGACAAAGAGAUGGAUAGAAGCAUUAAUAAGUGGCUAGGUGGCCUCAGGACAGAGGAAAAAUCUCCUUCCCAAAGUGAUUGGUCUGGAAGCUCCAGAGGGAAGUACACCAGAUCCUCCACGCUCCGGGAGACUGCGUCUAAAUCCUCCAGUUACAAAUUCUCCAAGUCGCAGUCAGAGGAACGGGAUACCUCCUCCUACCAGGAGGCAAAUGGCAACUCGGUCAGAAGCACUUCCCGGUUCUCCUCUUCCUCCACCAGAGAGGGCAGAGAGAUGCACAAGUCCUCCAGGUCCAUGUUCAGUGAGACCUCAAGCUCCCGAGAGGAAAGCCCAGAGCCCUACUUCUUCCGUAGGACCCCCGAGCCCCCUGAAGGGGCAGAGUCCCCUGAACAGCGACGUCGGGAUUGGGCCAGGCCCAAGGACUGGGAAGAUGUGGAAGAAUCAUCCAAAUCAGACUUUUCUGAAUUUGGAGCCAAGAGGAAGUUCACACAGAGCUUCGCGAGGUCUGAAGAGGAGGGAGAAAGAGAAAGGGUGGAAAACAGGGAGGAAGGGAGGUUUGCCUCGGGGCGGCGGUCCCAGUAUCACAGAAGCACUGACAGGGAGGAAGAGGGGGAAAUGGACGAUGAAGCCAUCAUUGCCGCCUGGAGACGUCGACAAGAAGAAACCUGGACUAAGUUGCAGAGAAGGAGGGAGGAUUAAGCUGGGCAAAGCAGACCUAGGGGAGACCGAGAAAACAGAAGGACCCAUACUGCCUGGCACAGGUCUCAGGCACACAUUGCUACCACCUGUCAAGGUCAUCAGUAUGAGGUUUGAAUGCCGGACCAUCUAGCCCCGUUUACCUGUUGCCCAAUGGCCUCUAAGAUUUGGUGCUUCACUUUUGUAUGUGGUAGUGUCCCUCAUAGACUAGAGAGGUAAGUUGAAAACGCAAUGUAGUUUGUUGGGAAACUCUAGCUUACAUCCAGGAAGGCCACGAACGUGGCACAUGGCUCUGUUUGAGGAAGUGUUAUAGUUUUGUGAUGAGACCCAGUAAAUCUCCUGUGGCAAG